CGUUGAGCAGCAGGGUAUUGACACUUUUAUCAUAUCCUGCACUUCGCAUUUCCGCCGAAGACCACUCCAGACUGCCAGGGGCUCAAUCGUACCCCCUAAACUCAACCAAUCAUCAUCUACUCUUGCAACUUCGUACUUGUCCAUCCUAGUCUUCGUUCCCGUCUGACGUUGAAAUCCGGGAGUAUGUGAGCCAUUCCUUCCCCACACGCUAACAGUGUCUUGGAGUAAGCUUGUCCCGUUUUCUGGGGCUCCGCAUUAUCAAGACGAUUGCGAGGCGAUGAGGGAUGCAUCCCCAUCCCCACCAUACAAAGCGCGAGACGGGGGCAUUCUUCUUCACCGAUGGCUGCGGUCACGACACGAGCUCGAUCUGAGCUUGAGCCAAUCACGAACUUCUAUACCAAGAUUUCGGGGACGGAAAACGGCAUCGACCUCGGCCUCGCAGAAGUCUGCCUCGCCAACGGCGCCGGUAGCGUCUUCUCGCUGGACACCAGCCAUCGGAGUGACGACUUCACCGCCCUAUCCAAAAGAUACCCGGAAAAACUAGCGUAUAUUCACACGGACGUAAUUCCCGCAUCCCCAUGCAAAUCAGCCCUCGACACCAUCGUCUCGCAAAAGUCCUGCUUCGACAGCAUGAAUGCCAACGCCGGUGUGACUAAGCGUGCCCUCGACUUCAUCCUAGAGCCAUUCGAGAAGGUAUACAAGUUGGACGUAACCGGGUCCUGGAUCUGCGCCACGGCUUCCGCGGCGCCCUCGGCGCCUUAUCGCGGGACUAAAGCCGCGGGGAGAAACAUGACGCAUACGCCGGCGCCGGAGUGGUCGCAUUUCGUCAGGACGGCUGACAUUUUAUGUGAAGACGAGCCCGGAGAUAGGGGUGCCAAAAUGAAGUAUUACGGGGGCACGCCGCGGUUGGCGUUGCUGCAGGAGUUGGGAGGUGCGUCUUUGUGUUUGCUUUCAGAUUGUGCGACUUAUACUACGGGGACUGAUAUCCCUAUUGUGAGCUGUGGGGGCUUGAGCCUUGCCACCGCCCGUGUUUAG